AUGGUUGCUUUCUCUACCCUGCUUGCCACUCUCGCAGCAGCUGUCCUCUCAAUCGCUGCUCCUGCUUCUGAAACCUCCGUUGAGAGGGAUGUUGCACUCUCCGAGCGUGGCCCUCAUGACUUCAUUCUCGGAGCCGAGAAUCGUCUCGAUCGACGCACAGCUAUCAAUUACAACGAAAAUUACACCACUGAGGGAACAGUGAACUUCUCACCAUCGAGCACCGGCUUCUCCGUCACUUGGAGCAACGCCUACGACUUCGUCGUAGGAGUCGGCUGGCAAACCGGGACGAACAGCCCAAUUACAUACGAUGGUUCGUUCUCCGUCAGCAGUGGCACCGGUCUUCUCUCUGUCUACGGCUGGACAACCAAUCCUCUCGUUGAGUACUAUGUCAUAGAGGAUUACACAAAUCUUGCAACCCCCUGGGGCACAAUCAAAGGAACAUUCACGAGUGACGGCGCCACUUACACCGUCUGGGAAAAUACACGUGUAAAUGAACCUUCUAUUGUCGGCAUUGCGUCGACUUUCAAGCAGUACGUCUCUAUUCGGAACAGUCCCAGAACCAGCGGCACCGUCACAAUUCAGAACCAUUUCUCGGAGUGGGCAUCUCUCGGAAUGAAUCUCGGUACUAUGAACUACCAGGUCAUUGCCGUUGAAGGCUGGAGCGGCAGCGGUUUCGCUUCUCAGUCUGUUAGCAACACGGGUAGGAUCUCUACCAAUGGCACCACUGGCACUGGGGGUGGUGCUGUUGCAGAAUAG